GAGUUGUGUAAGCUCUCUCUCUUUUUUUUUCCUCUCUCUAUCUAUCAUCGGUUUUUCUCUCUAGAUAUUAUUCAAGUUUGGUUGAAAGCUCUUGGCUUUUGUGAUGAUUGCUUGUGUUUUUUUUUUAAUCAGUUUUGGAGUGGUUUUUCAUGCUUUUUUCUGUUUGUUUGUUUGGAUGAAUUUGUAUUUGGAAGACAUGAUUCUGAUUGCUUCAGUUUGGAGUUUGUAACGGCAUGUUGGCUCUGGUUCUGGAAAUUGUUUCUCUGUUUCUAUGAAACGAAGAGCUGGAAGUUGAUUGGGAGGAUUUUUUUUUUUUCUUUUCCGGGAAAUGUUUUCUGGUUUUUGUUUUCGGAAAUGAACUCGGAUUUUAGGUGAGAAAUGGUGAGUUUGGUUUCAGUUUUCAGUUCGAGAAAGACGAAACGGCGGAAAACAGAGUGUUUUGAAUGCUUCAGGUCACAGAUUGAAUUCCUUAGUUUGUCUGAUGUUUUUCUAUGAUUUCUCUGCCAUCAGAUCCGAAGAGUAGAUCCUAUCUCUGCAGUCUUUUCAUUGGAGCUUGUUUGUUUUGUGGUGUUUACUUCAUUGCAAGUGAAUUUACUGUCAAGGAUUACAAAGAUAGAUCAUCAAGAUGGCAGAUCAGUGUUUUUCAAAAUGCACAUUCUAAUAGCAUCCAGAAUACUCAAUCUAGUAAAUGCAAGAACCAGUGCAGGCCAUCUGGGAGUGAGGCAUUGCCAGAAGGAAUUGUUGUCAAGACAUCUAACCUGGAAGUGCAGCCCUUAUGGGGUGCCACUCUGAAUGGUGAAAAGUCAAGUCCUUCAAAGAGCUUGUUAGCUAUGGCAGUUGGAAUAAAGCAAAAAGAAAUAGUGAAUCAAAUUGUAGAAAAGUUUAUUUUAAGUAAUUUCGUUGUUAUGCUUUUCCAUUAUGAUGGUGUCGUGGAUGAAUGGCGAGAGUUUGCAUGGAGUGACCAUGCCAUACAUGUGACUGUAGUGAAUCAAACAAAAUGGUGGUUUGCAAAACGCUUCUUACAUCCAGACAUAGUUGCUGAAUAUAAUUAUAUUUUCCUUUGGGAUGAAGACCUUGGGGUUGAGAAUUUUCAUCCAGGACGAUACGUAUCUAUUGUUGAAGAUGAAGGACUUGAAAUAUCUCAGCCAGCCCUUGAUCCUAAGAAGUCACGGGUUCAUCAUCAAAUUACUGCACGUGUGAGGAAUUCAAGAGUGCACAGAAGGACAUAUAAACAUAGAGGCAGUGGAAGGUGUGAUGACCAAAGCACAGCUCCUCCAUGUGUAGGUUGGGUGGAAAUGAUGGCACCUGUCUUCUCAAAGGCAGCCUGGCGAUGUGUGUGGCAUAUGAUCCAGAAUGAGUUGAUACAUGCAUGGGGUGUGGAUAUGCAGCUUGGUUAUUGUGCACAGGGUGACCGGACAAAAAAUGUUGGUGUGGUUGAUUCGGAGUAUGUAGUUCAUUUGGCUCUCCCUACUCUUGGCGUCUUGGAUGAAAACGAGUUACGUGGCGAAGGACAUGAUCACUCUUCUCUUAGGGAAAAGUUGCCAAAAUCAGUAGCUUUAGCACAAUCUGAGUUCCACAAAGUUGAUAAUAGAUCUGCAGUGAGAAGACAGUCCUUCAUUGAAAUGCAGAUUUUCAGGAGUAGGUGGGCAAACGCAGUUAAGGAAGACAAAUGUUGGAUCGAUCCAUAUGCACAACCAGCAGAAGACAUCAAACAAUAGUUUCUAUUUUAUACAGCCUUUCCAACCAAUUAAAGAGAGAUCACUCUCAUAUACAAACCAUAGAAAUCUCAAAUACACAUCACUGUGCAUACAAUUUUUUUGGGGUGGACUGCAACCUACCAAAGGAGCUGAUGUCGAAAGGAUCAAGUCUCACAGAGAGUCCAGUACAUGAAAGAACUGACCAUCACAAUAUGGGUAGUCAUUACACUGAAUAUUUAUUGUGCCCUAGCCAGGAAUAACCACUUCGGUUUAACCUUGUAAGUAUUCAAUUCUUUCCCUAAAUUAUAGAAAGGAAUUCUCCAUCUACUGAUGGGAAACAGUUGAUAUUACUGGGUUCGAGGAAACAUUAGUUUAGUUUAUUAAUCACAGUUUUCACUGUUAUGGAAGCUUCUUUUAUAGCUAGGAAGUGUGUAUAAUUCUUCCUCUCGGGUUUCUUAAUGUAUUUUGUGUAUGCUGUAUGUUCCAUGUUGCUAGUCUAUUUUUGGUGAAACAUUUGCUUGGAACUGCCUUUGAGUUUUACAAAUGGAUUUUGGGUUUGAUUGA